AUGAUGCUCGCACCCAGAAGAGAAGAUGAGCUCGCUCUGAGCAACGAGAGGAUGCGUAACCGCAUGUCUCGCUCCGUACCACGGCCACCCGCUCCUCUCUCCGCCGUUACCGAACGAACCGAACGAUCGUCAGAGGGUACUACCUCGGAAUCAGUGCCGAGCUUGCCUCGCAGGCUACCGCCCAUCAACCCCAGGAAGCCCAAUUUGAAAGAGAGGCUAGUACGCCGGCCGAGUUUCUCGGGCCAGGGCCGUCCUGCCCUCUCAGCACCGCCGAUGAGCUCCCGCCCUCCGCAGCCACCAAUGCCCCUCAUGCACAAACCACCUCACCGCCAGCAAGAUCCACCAAGGCGACCUGCGAAACCCCACCACCUGAGCUCCAGGCGAUCUGUUUCUUCAAUGGUCACGCACCACCCCGACGACGAUAAUUAUUCCAACCCGGAGACUGAAUCCGAAUACAGCUCCGGCCUCUCCAACCUCUCCGCUGAGACACAGGCCACCUCCGUCCUCUCAAGUGAAGCUCCGACAAUUAAGCCCGCUUACACCGAAAAGCGAAUUAUCCACAUAAAGCCCGGCACGCUCAAGAACAGCCCGCUGCACGCAAAACAGGGUAGUCGGAGCCGCGUAGCCAACACGCCAGCGCCACGCCGGACCAUCCACAUCGAAGUCGAGUCUGACAAGCAGCCAAAGUCUAAGACUCCGCCGCCCCCACCACCACCACAGCCGAAAUAUCGAGAGGCUAUCGAGCACUACAAGGAGGAAAUUGGAAGAUUGAAGCGGGAGGCGAGGGAGCUUCAAGAACGCCAGACCACCUCUGAGCGAGGGCUUGAGGAUGCUCUUGACAGACUGUCACUCGUGACCCUGGAACGGGAGGAGGUUCGCCGGUCUCACGAGGAAGGGAAGCGAUCUCGAGAGAGUCUCCGCCAGGAGAUUGAUGAACAAGUAAAGACUAUUCAUGGCCUCAAGGCUCGGUUAGAUGAUAGGGAGGAGACUUUAGAAACCCUCAAGGCUCGGUUGGAAGACAGGGAGCAGACACUAGACAGCCUGAACGUUCGAUUGGAGGACAAGGAGCAAGCCCUCGACGAUCUCAAGGCUCGGCUCGAAGACAUGCAAGACAGAGAGCAAACCCUCGAUGGCCUCAAGGCUCGACUCGACGACAGAAACCAGACCGUGGAGGACCUUAACGCGCGGCUUGAAGAUAGAGAGCAAGCCCUAGAUGAUCUUGAGGCCCGACUGGAGGACAGGGAACAGGCCCUCGAUGCCUUGAAGAGGAAGCUCGAUGGGAGGACCAAGUCCGUGGACGAGCUCAGGGCAGAAAUCGAGGAGCAGAAGAAGAACAUCGACCACCUUCAGGCAACCCUCGCAGGACAGGACAAGGCCGUUGAAGCUCUUGGCAUCGACAGGGAAAACGCCAUCAAGGACAGGGAACUCAUCCUCAAGGAGCGUGAGGACUUGGUCAAGGACUUCGAAGAGCUAAAGAAAGAGAAGGAAGAACUAUCCCAGGGCAAGGAAAAGAUCGUGCUGGAGAUGGAGGUCCUCGCCAACGAAAACGAAGAGCUUAGGACUGGGAAGAUUGAACUCGAGGUCAAGUGCGAGGAGCUGCAAAAGGAGAUCGACACCCGUCUUGCCGUCCGCACCGAGCAGGAGAAGAUGCUUAUUGAGCGCGUCGCCGCCCAGCAAAUUGUCAAUGAGAGCUUGGAUAGUCAAGUGGAUAGCCUCACUUCCGAGGUUGUGACAGCCGAGGGUGAGAUUGCUCGCUUAAAGGAGGCUGCUGCUGCUCUCGAAGAACAACUUGAAAAGGAAUCUGCUCGUGUCAAAGCCCUCGAAGAAGAGAAGGGCACUCUGCAAGAGGAGGCUGCCGCUGCUCUGGAAGAACAACUCGAGAAGGAGUCCGCUCGCAUUAAGGCCCUCGAAGACGAGAAGGGUGCUCUGCAAAAGGAGAAGGAUGAGCUCGAGGACAAAAAAGCAGGGCUCCAGGGCGGAAAGGAUGCGCUUGAAGCUCGCGUUGGUGAGCUCGACGCGGAGAUUGCCGAAUUGAAGGCCAAGGUUGAGGGUUUCGAAGAAGAAAAGGCGAACUUGCAGAACCUUAUCUCUGUCAUUGCCAAUGAGCGCGACGAAUUGAAGACGAAGACCACGGAACAGGACGACGAACUCACAACCCUACGCGAAAGCCAGACUUCAUCCCAGGCUGACCUGGAGAAGCUCCGAGAAGAGAAUAGCACGCUGCAAUCCGACAUCACCGCUGCACGUGAAGCUACGGCUGCCGCUGUCGCCGCUGCUGCUGCUGCCGAGGCUGCUGCUGCGGCGGCCGCGGCUACCCCCGAACCCGCGCCUGAACCUGAGCCAGAAGCACCCGCUGCACCCGACACUGCGGAGCUUGAAAAGCUCCAGACCGAAAACGGAGAUCUUCAAAAAGACAACGGCGAGCUCAAGGAGAAGAACGAGGAGCUCACCGGUCAAGUCGGCAAGCUAACCGGCGAGGUCGACCAGCUCACUGGCCAAGUUGAUCAGCUCACCGGUGACGUAACCAAGCUUACUAGUGAAGUGGGCACACUUACUGAGGAAGUCGGCAAGCUCACGGGCGAAGUGACGAAACUCACCGGCGAAGUUGAAGAAAAGUCCAAGCAGCUCGACGAAGCCACCGCCAAGCUCGAGGGAGAGACCGCCAGGGCCGAGCAACUGCAGACCGAAAAUGCGGGCCUCUCGGUUCAGUUGGCCGAUGUGACCCAGAAACUUGGAGAUUCUCAGACUGCCCACCAAGCGGACGUCGCGAACUUGCGCGUCCAGGUUAGUAAACUCCAGAGUCGGAGUAGUCGGGCCCCGUCGCGGAGCUCGAGGAGCGGAUCGCCCAAGAAGGGCAGGGGAAAGCUUGGGGAAUUGGUUGUUGUUCGGAAUCCCCAGGACCGAUCUCAAUUGCAAGUCAUGAGAAAAUCAGAUCUCAAGUCGAGUACAUCUUCACAGGCCUCUGAUAAUGACGAUUAA